UAACGACUCCGCUGCUCUGCUAAGUGCUAGUGAUUCGGCAAUGGCUUUCUUCUCCAUCUCUCGCUCUCUGAUUAGACGCAGCUGCAACAGCACCCGUAAUCUCAUCUCGAAACGCUUCGAGGUAUCAUCGGAUUCUUGUUCACGGUGGAGAUCUAGCAGCCAUGGCAUCUCAACCACCACAAGCUCUAACUCUGAGAAAAUCGAUGCAAGCGGAUACCAUUUGAGCGGGGGACCUUCUUUCAUGCGUGGAACAGUCUUCUGGGAGCCCGGCAAACCUCUCACCAUUGAAGAGUUUCAAAUGCCUCGUCCCAAAGUUGGUGAAGUUCUUAUCAAAACCAAAGCCUGUGGAGUAUGUCACUCUGAUCUUCAUGUCAUUAAGGGUGAACUUCCAUUUGCAAGCCCUUGCGUUGUGGGCCACGAAAUAACUGGAGAAGUCGUUGAACAUGGGCUCCAUACAGAUCGUGAAAUUAUAAGGAGGUUUCCUGUUGGAGCUCAUGUAAUAGGAGCCUUCAUAAUGCCUUGUGGUAACUGUUCCUAUUGUGUGAAGGGUCAAGAAGAUCUGUGCGAAGCUUUCUUUGCUUACAAUCGUGCAAAAGGAACACUGUAUGAUGGUGAAACCCGGUUAUUCCUCCGCAACAAUGGAAAACCAGUGUACAUGUAUAGUAUGGGAGGACUUGCAGAAUACUGUGUUGUUCCAGCACAUGCAUUAUCAGUUCUUCCAAACUCAUUGCCAUAUACAGAGUCAGCUAUUUUGGGUUGUGCAGUUUUCACUGCCUAUGGGGCUAUGAGACAUGCAGCUGACUUGCGUUUAGGGGACUCAGUUGCUGUGAUUGGCGUUGGAGGUGUUGGUUCAAGUUGUUUGCAGAUAGCAAGGGCAUUUGGUGCUUCUGAGAUUAUUGCUGUUGAUGUUCAAGAUGAAAAACUUGAUAAUGCAAAGAAGCUAGGAGCAACUCACACUGUAAAUGCAGCCAAGGAAGAUGCUGUUGAUAAGAUAAAGGAAAUAACUGGAGGAAUGGGUGUGGAUGUUGCUGUGGAGGCACUUGGGAAACCACAAACUUUUGUGCAGUGUUCACAAAGUGUAAAAGAUGGGGGAAAAGCUGUUAUGAUUGGACUUGCACCUUCCAGUUCCAUUGGAGAGGUGGAUAUAAACCGUCUUGUUCGCAGACAGGUAAAGAUUAUUGGCUCGUAUGGAGGCAGAGCAAGGCAAGAUCUACCGAAGUUGGUUAAACUUGCAGAGACAGGUAUCUUCAAUCUCAAUGCUGCUGUUUCAAGAAAAUGCACAUUCGAGGAGGCAGCCAAAGCAUACCAAGAUCUUGACAAGGGAUGUAUAGUAGGCCGAGCUGUUGUUGAGAUAAUGUAGAUUGUAUCUCUCUAUGUGUUUUGCAAUUUGAUGCCAGCUUUUGAGUCUGCCAUCUAAGAUCUGUAAGGUCACUGGAAGAAUAAGCAACUCACAUAUCUC